AUGGAUGGCCUCUCGGUCGGCGUGCGACGCUCGGCUUUCGAGAAGCUUGCGGCUUUAGCUGUCAAGUCGCCCGCCCAAGAUGGAUCCAACCUUGAUCGGCUGGCUCAACAGUCUCGGCCAGCACGUCCUAAUGAUGGAGCAUUAAAUGGGAUUCUCAAAAACCAGGCCCCUACAUCUCGGGUGCCAAUGGGAAUCCGUGAACUUGAUGUCCUGCUAGCCCUAUGCACCGCCGCUCUAGCUGUCGAUCAACAAGACCAUGCGCAAAGACUAGUCACCCAAUUGAUCCAAUACCUGCCCGAGUCCCCGAGUCAGUUGUUUCGACCGUCGCCCUUCCUACAAAGCAUUACUCCGUCACCAUGGGAAAAUCUGGCGCACAGCCUAACGCUAGCGUUACUCUCCAUGGGUAUGAAGUACCCGGCCCUGCGCAAAGAAGCCAUCGGUGGUAUCACGGGGUAUUUGAAUAAUUGUGCAGAGGCGAUUAGCUCAGUCACACCGUUUCAUUAUUCUACAUCGGAUGCAAGUGGCCGGGGCGUGGUGCAUGAAUCUAUUGCGAUUUUGUCUAUUGCGGUAUCACUCGUGGGAUUCUUGGAGGCCUCGGCGAAGAAUACAGUCUUCUGGACAGCGCGGGAGAAGCUCCAAAUUAUCGAUCACUUGCGAGCCAUGCUCUCAGAGUCCUUUCUGAUCGCAGUCGAAACAGCCUCAUCUACAAUCCGCAAUGCCAUGGGCACAGAAAGCGUCGUGAAAGACUGGAGAAAGUACACCAGGAGAUAUGCAGCGCAUGGGCGCCCAAUGGGUGCCAUGCUACUGCAGGAUGGCUUCAUGCGCUUCGUCAAAUCAUGCGCGGCAUCUUUAAUCGGCUCGCAGAAUUUGUCCGAUGAUCAACUAUUGGAUGACUAUAUGGCGGGUGUAGGUAUCGCCAAGAGCUAUGAUGAGUCUGACAUUGCCUUGAUUGAGCGUAUCACAGAUCUCAUUAGCGAGGAAAUCCACCUUCUAGAGGAUGGCUCGGAUUAUUUGCAAGUCGGCUCUCCUUCUCAACAGUCAUUGGCUUUCUCUGUGAAAGGAAAUGCUCUCGUUGGCUUCCUUAAUUGUGUUGUUCUGGGCGAGGAUGCGGCUAAUAAUGAUGUCCUCCUCUCUUGGCUCGAGGACACACUGAUCGACACUCAACAAAUGGCUUCGCCGCAACUAGCGGUGACAGCCUUGAAAUGCACAGCCAUUCUCGCGAGAAUGUCUCCCAAUGGCGCUUCGAUUGCAAGGAGAUGUCUGCUGAGGUUUUUGACCCAAGGAGGCGCAUCGGUAGGCUCUGUUGUUGCUGUGGCUGCCCGAUGCCUCGCCCAAGUCCUUAGUAUUCUGUCCGAAGAUGCUGUCAUCACUACCCUUUACUCUCUAGGGAAUGCCUUGAGCCCGAGCCCCAGCUCUGACCAAUCCGAAUCAGUGCAGGAACCCUUUGCUGGCGAUGCCACCGGCUCUGCAAGUUUCGCGCAGCCAGGAAAUAGUAGCCAGACAUCUAUCCCCACCGUCAAUGAGCAAGAGAAGCUGAUAUAUCGGAAUGUUGUUCAUGCUAUUGUUAUCAUAGCAACGAGCUGCAGCGACGACAAAAUCAGCGCUUUGGCGCAAUCUAUGCUAUUGCAAAAGGUUGGUAAGAUGAAUGUUGCAGUGGAUGCCUAUAUCAUUCAAGAAACCGCCGUUCUUGCCCUAAGCAGCGGAAAGGCCGAGUUCCAGCUGUUGCUCAAGUUUUAUGCGCGCAUCUAUCUCGACGGGGCCCACAAAGGAGUGGCGAUGAUUUCUGACGCAGUUCAAUCCGCUAUGGCAUAUCUCUCUGUGACAUUGGACCAACACUCUGCGCUCCAUGGAAUUUACUUGACGCAUCUACUAGAAAGCAUUGUCAAUAAGGGUGAUGUUCCAGAUACAGAAACCGAACGCCAUGCAGAGAUGGUUUUUGCCCCUACCGAUAUUACCCCUCUAUUGAGGCCUUUGGCACUUCUCGUAUCUUCUGUGAAACGUUCACCAGCUACCCCAGACCCAAUACUCGACUAUGACGAUGCUACCUUAUCAUUGUUCCGUGAUGCCUGGUUCAACAUUGCCAUCCACGGCAUUACACUUAAUUCAGCCGUCUUCCAGCAAUACUUCAAGGAGCUUCGCUUGCUUGCGAGCCACUCCCCACCCCUUGUGGCCGAGGAUCGUAUGGAAUCGCUUGAGAGUGACGUGGAACUCAAUACAGUGCUCAGGAGAGGCGCAGGUCCACAGCGAGUAUUGGAGCAAAAGCGAGUUUUGAUCACUGAGCUGGCUGGUCGUGAGUCUGACAUCAAGCGGUUGGAUUACCCACGAUCAGUCUUCCUUAACGCUGUCUUACUGGUCGAAAAUCUCCGUGCAUCUUCUGGAGAUUGUACUAAGAUCCUUCGGUACUUCCGCGAUCCAUCCCUGGCCACCCCCGAGAUGGUUGUCUGCAUGAAUUCUGUCGCAGAGAAGACUGUGACCAGCUAUCUUUCACGCACUUUGUCAGAAGAAUAUGAUGACUUUUCGGCACCCUACUUGUCGAAGCAACUCGCUGCCUACCUGGUAGCUUGUUGCCAUCGUAUCGAGCGUGUACAGAGCAUUGCGAUAACCUGCACAGACAAAAUUAUACGGCAAUGUCCUUCUGCACUUUGCGAGAAGCACUCUCUUUUCGCUUUGCUGGAAAUUUUGACUGUCAUGUGGGAGUCUUGUCUUCAAGGAGAGCUAGAUGAGUUCGAGUGGAAACCCACACUGGUCUCACCCAUGGGCAUUGUGAAAGUCGACCUUCCCGAUAAUUAUGCUCUGAGGAAGGUGACAUUAGAUCGAUUCCUUGUGCGAGCACGAACAUGGGUGACUGCUGUCUUGAACAUUGCCCCACUGGAUGUCAAGGGACUUCUUCAAACAUACCUUUCUGAAUAUGACGAUGAUGGAGGCUAUGGUCACAUUGCCCUCGGUCGUUCAUUUGCCCUUGAAAUGGGUUCUCUUAUACCGCAAAGCGAUCCUCGCCUUGGAUCAAUCGAGGGCUAUAAUGCGAGCGAUGUCAACAUCGCAUCUGACUUCAUGGCUUUAUACACGACCCGCCAAAAGUAUCGCCGACCUGAAGUAUCUUCUUCUAAGGCUCCGAGCAACGAAUUCUAUCUCACCGAUAGUCCAAAGAUAGAACCUUCCACGAAGGUCGAGUCUGGUGAUGACAUUGACCAAUCUCUUUCUGCCCUAUACCGGCGCAGCAUGGAUGGAGAGGAUCUUCCUCUUCUCGAGGUCAGGGAUGUUUUGCGACGAGCUGCAGCUUUGAUUUGUAGCAGCAGUACGCCUCGCCUGUCUGUGGUUCAUUAUUUGGUUGCUCUACCUUUCCAGAUUUUCACCAAGGAAAUAAUCAAACUGGGUGUCUCUCUUUGGCUUGGUGUCAUACACGAAAACCCCAACAUUGAACCGCGGGUUCUAGCAGAGGUCGUGGAGGCAUGGGAAGGGAGUAUCCAACGCCGGAAAGGGUUAUUUGAUACUUCUUUCAACUACUCCGAUCCGUUACACACCAAGAUCGAGUUGUUGCCUACAGACAAGGCGUUGAUGCUUCGGGAGCAGGAGAGUGCACAGAACACACUUUCGCCACACUUGCGCGUUCUCCAGUUUUUUGAGAGUCAUUUCAAUGCAAUCCGCCUCGGCAAUCUGCAGGACCAACAGCUGUUCUGUCGCUUAAUUAGCAGCACGGUAGUUGCUCUUGCAAAUACGGGCUGUCAUCCUCUGGCUCGAGAAAUUCACUUCCGCAUCGUACUUUUUGGUUUGAAUAUCCUGAAACACUUCAGCCCACGCAACAAGGCUGCGUCUUGGAGACUUAAAGAUCAGAUUCUAUCUGCUGCCCUAAGCUGGUUCAAGCACCCUCCCAGAUGGUCUUUUGGCGGUAAUCGACUGCAGAUCAAGGCCGAAGACAAGAUCCUGGAAGAUGUCCUUUCCACACUAAGUAGUGUUGCGGAUAUUGCUGUCCAGUCCUUCGGCGCAUACAAAUCACUUCAACCCAAGCAGGAACUAACCCAAUUAUUGAUCGAGAAUGAAAAGUCUCGACUUCGAGUCUGGCUAUUUCCUCUAGAUCCCGAGCGAAAACACCAUAUGCCAUCGCUAGGAGGCAAGCCUGCCACAGAUGGCGUUGCGUCAUUCCUUCGACUUGCUUGGUCUGAGAGUCCCGGAUUGGCUAUCCAGCUUGCCUCUCGCUUUCCAUCACCUAAGAUGCAAAACGAUGUUCGAUGGUUAAUCUUGAACCACCCCGAGAAGGCUGUUCCGGAGGCGAGUGCCCUGGACAUCAUGUUUGAGUCCUCUCUGCCAUCGGAUGUCAAUUUCCAACUCAAAUAUCUGCUAUACUGGGCGCCUGUGAACCCUACAGAGGCAUUGACCUACUUCUUGCCUGCCUAUGGCAACCACCCAUUCAUCUUGCAAUAUGCAAUGCGGGCUUUGGAGAGUCACUCUAUUGAUGUUCGCUUUUAUUUCGUACCCCAGCUGGUGCAGGCAUUGCGAUACGAUGCGUUAGGAUACGUGGAGCGCUAUAUCCUAGAAACAGCAAAGUUAUCACAACUUUUUGCACACCAAGUUAUUUGGAAUAUGAAGGCCAAUUCUUACAAAGAUGAAGAAUCUCAAAUUCCGGAUCCCCUGAAGCCAACACUUGAUCGAUUCAUUGAGUCAUUGAUCUCAAGCUUCUCUGAUGAAGAGCGCAACUUCUACGAACGGGAAUUCUCAUUCUUCAACGAAAUCACCGAUGUCUCCGGAAAACUUCGACCGUACAUCAAGAAGAGCAAACCUGAGAAGAAGGAGAAGAUCGAGGAAGAGCUACGUAAAAUCAAAGUGGAAGUCGGGGUGUAUCUCCCUAGUAACCCUGAUGGCGUGGUCGUAGGUAUUGAUCGAAAAUCUGGCAAGCCUCUGCAGAGUCAUGCAAAGGCGCCAUACAUGGCUACUUUCCGAAUCCAAAAGACUCGGCCUCUAUUGGAGACCAAGACGAACAAUACCGAGGCAGCUCAGGUGGCUAAGAGAGCCUCAUACGCCCAACAGCAGACGUACGAGGUUUGGCAAUCGGCAAUUUUCAAAGUCGGCGAUGACUGUCGUCAAGACAUGCUCGCACUGCAAAUGAUUGCAGCCUUCCGCAGCAUUUUCACCAACGUGGGACUCGAUGUUUGGGUAUUCCCAUAUAGAGUCACCUCCACUGCCCCCGGAUGUGGUGUUAUUGAUGUUCUGCCUAAUUCAAUCUCUCGAGACAUGCUAGGCCGUGAGGCAGUCAAUGGCUUAUACGACUACUUUGUCUCCAAAUACGGAGGUGAAGACUCCAUCCGAUUCCAGGAGGCACGCACAAACUUUGUCAAGAGUAUGGCAGCUUAUUCCGUUAUCUCAUACUUGCUCCAAUUCAAAGACCGACACAACGGCAACAUCAUGAUUGACGACGCGGGACAUAUCAUUCACAUCGACUUCGGGUUCUGUUUCGAUAUUGCACCCGGUGGUGUGCGAUUUGAGCGUGCUCCAUUCAAGUUGACCUCGGAGAUGGUUGCUGUGAUCAGUGGUACCCAUGAUCCAGCCCAUCAUCCCAGCAACAACCCUGGAAUCAGUCUGCCGGGAACUAACUCAUUCAACCCUACCGCCACUCAGCCUUAUCGUUGGUUUGAGUCGUUAGUUGUGAAGGCCUUCUUAGCUUCGCGUCCCUAUUGCUCGAAGCUGUCGCACAUUGUGUCCUUAAUGCUGGAUAGUGGUCUGCCGUGUUUCAAGCCGGAGACGCUCAAAAACUUCCGUGAUCGCUUUGUUCUGGAUAAGAGCGAGAGGGAUGCUGCUGAAUUUAUGCGUGACUUGGUGCGCAAGUCAUACAUGAGUCGAUCUACAAAGGGAUACGAUCAGUUCCAGCUGAUGACCAACGGUAUUCCCUACUGA